AUGUCCGCGCAACCCACGCCCUCGCGGCCCGAUGGCGCGCGCCGCACGUCGGCCAUGAACAAGCGCACCUCCAUCCUUCCGAAGCACAACGCCCUCUUCAUUGACCCGAGUGUCCUUGUUGCCCAACACGCAAGCUUCACAGGCACACAGCCCAUCACUGUCGGCCCGAAUGCCGUGCUCCAUCCGCACGCCAAAGUGAGCAGUACACUCGCUCCUGUGGUUAUUGGUGAGAACGUCGUUCUGUGGGAAAGAGCAAAGAUCGGUGUAGGCAUGGGAGAUAGCGUAGAUGAAAGCAAGAGGAGCAGCAUGGCCAGCAUGUCGUCGCGGACAAGCGUGCGCGACUCCUCGCGCGGCGAAGGGACCGUCUUAGGGCGCAAUGUCACCGUAGAGGCGACGGCUGUCGUGGAGGCAGCAGAGGUGGGAGAGGGAACCAUCAUCGAAGUUGGGGCAUAUGUGGGAAAGGGUUGCGUGAUUGGAAAGGUGCGUGGAGACAGAAAAUACAGGCAACAAAAGACGCUGCUGUUGAGGCCUGAGGUUCUGGAGAUGCGGACGAACUUGCACACCAUGCAGAUCAAUACGUUCAAAAGGCUAGUACCGAAUCAGGUUGCGAAGUGGGCUUCAUGA